UGCAAUUUAAAGAAGAUGAAGAAAAAUUAGAUACUUGUCACUUUUCAGUCAGCUGUUAAGAGAAACUGUAGCAGGUUUUUUUUUCGGUGAAAAUGAGAUUUUUAUUUUGUUGCAUUUUCUCCGUUUUGAUAUUUCAGACGGGAGGAGCAUUGACAAAAUGCAGCAAGCCAGUUGAUAUUGUAUUUGCCAUCGAUACAUCGGCUAGUAUCUGGAUUGUCAACUUUCCGAGUCAAAUACAAUUUGUCCGUGAUGUGGUCAGUGAGUUGAACAUUGGUUCUGGUAUCGACAAAAGUCGUGUUGCAGUGGUAACAUUCAGCAAAGAUGUUAAAUUAGUAUUUGAUUUCAAUCAAGGACAAGACACUGAUGCAGUCGUGAAAGCAAUAGACGAAAUAGUGCACGAUAAAGGUGAUGCAACUAGGACCUAUAAGGCACUUCAAAUGGUACAUGAACAAGUCUUUGCUACAGGCAAUGGCGAACGACCAGAAGUUGAAAAUGUCGUUGUAGUACUGACGGAUGGAGUGACUAAUUCUGGAGGUUAUGAUAGUUACCCAAGUGGCGGUAAAGAUCAGACUUUAGAUGAUGCUAGGACUGUCCGUAAUCUGCCUGCGCAUCUAUUUGCGAUCGGAAUAGGACACGGGGUCAAUAUGGAGGAGUUAAAACAUAUGGCCAGUAUCCCGGAUACCACAUACGUCAUUACUGCUAAUGACUUUGAAGAACUUAACACCGACAACAUAAAACAGAAGCUUAUCGACAGAACUUGUGAAGUUGUUGUGCCACAAGCCACCACUACUCCACCACCGGCCACCACUACUACGCCACCACCAAAAGAAGAACCAAAAGAAUGUUAUGAAGCCAGGGCAGACAUAUUUUUCGUUCUGGAUCAGUCUUCAAGCAUCAAAACAUACGAAAACUUCCAAAAAGAACUCGAGUUUGUAAGAGAAGUUAUUGAUCGGAUCGAAAUUGGACCGACUAAAGCCCAGGUUGGACUUAUGAAAUUCAGUACAGACGCAACUACAGAGUUCCAUUUAGGGGAUCACACAACGAAAACAGAUCUUGUAAAUGCAUUAUCUAUGGUGAAGUGGGAUGGAGGCGAUACUUAUACAAAUAAAGCUAUAAACAUGUUGAUUAAUAGAGGCUUCAACACGGUGUUUGGCGCUAGAGAAAAUGUACCUCAAAUUGCUAUCAUUUUAACUGAUGGAGGGUCUACAAAAGCAUCGCUGACAGAAGAAGCUAUUACGAGGCUGAGGGAAACAGACAUUAUAUCAUUUGCUAUUGGGGUUGGAGAAAAUAAAACUGAUGAGAUGUUAGAAGAAUUACAUAGCAUUGCAACUUCACCCGACCAUUUUUUCGAAGUUGACAAUUUGGACCGACUUGUUGAUAUCAGGAAGAACUUGGUUGAUGUUUUAUGUGAAGAUGCUGUAGAUACAGACGAAGAAAAGCCACAGAAAAAUGAAGAGUGUAAGGAAACCAUUGCAGACAUCAUGUUUUUACUUGACGGAUCUACAAGUAUCAACAACCAAGAAACCUUUGACAAAGAACUUGAUUUUAUAAUCAGCGUCAUAGACGAGAUGGACAUCGGUCAAACCAAAACACAGAUUGCCCUUAUGCAGUUUGCUAGUGGUACUAAAAUAGAAUUCCUUUUCAAUGAGCAUGACAACAAGGCAGACAUAGCAGCUGCUAUACGAAGUGCCAGAUGGAUGCAGGGUAACACCUUCCUCAAUCUGGCAUUGGAUAAAAUUGUACAAGUAUCGACCAAAGAAAAUGGCUUUAGAGAUAAUGUCCCUCAUAUAUUAGUUCUCAUCUCAGAUGGUGUAUCUACCAGACGUUCUUAUACAAUGAAGGCGAUAGAGAGAUUGAGGGAGAAAACAGAUUAUAUUGUCUUCGGAAUAGGUGUCGGAAUGUAUCUUAAUAUGGACGAGUUAUCUAAGCUUGUUUCAAAACCAGUACCAGAUCACCAAUUCCAUGUUGAUAGUCAAGAUUCACUUCCACUCAUCAGAAGUCAACUUACUACAAGGCUCUGCGCAGCUGAUGAACCGAAACCAGCACCAGAGGUUUGUAUUGACAAAAAGGCAGAUAUUAUUUUCAUUGCUGAUGCAUCUACAAGUAUUGGUAUAACAGACUUUGGAAAGCUUAAAAGCUUUAUGAAAAAGGUUAUAAGUAAUUUUGAAAUCGGUACAGACCAGAUACAGAUUGGACUUGUCACAUUCUCAAAUUCAUCAAAAACGGAAUUUCCCCUAAAAGCAUACAGCUCAAGUGAAGAGCUAGACAAGGCGAUAGAUGGUGUCCAUUAUACACAAGGUUUGACCUUCACACACUUGGCCUUGGAGGAGGUGUUGAAACAUGGUUUUACGGCACAAGCAGGUGCACGUGGUGAUGUCCCACGUAUUGUUGUAAUUGUAACGGAUGGCUGGUCUAGAGACCCUACGAACACACUAAUAAAUGCUCAAAAGGCAAAGGACGCAGGAAUAAUCAUGUUUUCAAUAGGUGUUGGUCACUAUCUGGAUGAAGAUGAACUUAAAGCCAUGUCUUCCGAUCCAGUAGAACUUCAUUCAUUCAUGGUUGAAGACUAUAGUGCCUUAGAAAGUAUUCAGAACUCUGUUGCCUCCAAAGUCUGCACGGUGAACCCAUCAGUCAGGCCUGUACAGCCACUUAUAGACUCGGACAGCAUAAACGGUAUAUUUGGACCUAAAAGGAAGUUUUUUAGAAAUCAAAACGAAGAAAAGGAAUUGAAAAAUGAAAUUGAAAAUCUUGCUGGAAGAGGAAACGAUAGGAGAAAUAACUUGUUUAACAAAGCAGCAAGUAGAAAGGAAAAUUUAAAUCAAGAAGAUAUAUUGUCUCUUUUAGAGAAGGCACUUAAACGACGACUUGACAGGCAAAAUUAAACUUUUAUAACGUAGAAUGAAACAUUAGAUAUAUCAGUCGAACUAUGCACAACAGUGUCCGCUUUUAGAAACUUAUAAUUACAAUGUGCAUUAUCAUAUACAUUUAUACCUUAGUUUGUCGUCAUAUUUUAUAACUUACAUCAUAGUUUUUCUUCUUUCAGAACUUAAAUUCAAUAUAUGAUAUUUUUGUUAUGUUUGUAAAUUUUGUUUAAUUGUAUAUAACUGUUUGUCUAUUUUUACAUUGGCAUUUCUCCUGUAGACAAUUAGUUGGCAUAGAAAAAUUUUAUGAAUUUGAAUAAAAUG